AUGGGUGAUGAUGAUGACGAUGUGGUGGUGGAAGAGAGUGAUGAAAAGAUGGAAGUGGAAAACAAGGCGAGAGUUGAAAUUCUGUACAAGGCACUGUUGGGAGAAGGGACAGUGAACAAUGUGGCCAAAUUGGUAGCAAGUGACCUUGAGUGGUGGUUCCAUGGGCCCCCUCAGUGCCACCACAUGAUGAAGGUGCUCACCGGAGAAACAGCUAACAGCAAGGGCUUCCGGUUCGAGCCGAGGCGGGUUGCCGCCGUGGGCGACCACGUGAUCGCGGAGGGGUGGGAGGGGAAGGCCUAUUGGGUGCACGUUUGGACCCUAAAAUAUGGCCUCAUAACUCAUUUCAGAGAGUACUUCAAUACAUGGCUUGUGGUGAGGGAUUUGAGGCAGCCACGGUGGGAAGAUAGCAAAGGUUGCAUCACAUUAUGGCAAAGCCAGCCUCGUGAUCUGUGUCAUAGAUCAUUGCCAGGGCUUGUGCUGGCCAUUUAG